CAUGAUUUAUUUAUUGUUUAAAUUAAUCAAAAUUGUUAAUUGUCCUUCUUCUUAAAUGCCUUUUUAUAAAGAAGCUUUAAAACCCGUUUUCUGACAAAAUUUUACCGUUUUAUCUUUGUUUUUACAUGUGUUUUGAAUUUAAAUAAAACCAAAGAUAAAACUUGUUUCACUGUUCUUUUAUUUUGAAUAAGUUUUAAUCAACUAUCAAUUAUCUACUGAAAAUCAUAACAAACGCUAAUUGUACUGAGUUACUAAUCAGCUGACUUCAGUUUUUUAUCAGGACUACAGUUCAUUCAUUCAAUUGGUAUGGCCAGAAAUAUAAAUCCAGUUAUUAAUAACUGCAUUUUCUGUUCCAUUGUUUCCAGAAAAGCUGAAGCUACAAUCAAAUAUGAGGAUGAUGCUUACCUUGCUUUUAAAGAUAUUUAUCCUGCUAGUGAUACCCAUAUUUUGAUUAUUCCUAAAAGGCAUAUCAAAGAUAUAAAAUCGCUAACUACAGAUGAUUUACCUAUAAUUGAACGUAUGAAAGACAUCGCUAUAAACCUGAUCCGAGAAAAUGCGCUUGAUUCAAAUGAUACAAGGCUAGGAUUUCACAAACCUCCAUUCAACUCUAUCAGUCAUCUUCAUCUCCAUCUCAUAUCUCCUGUUUCGAACAUGUCAUUCAUAAAGAAAGCUCAAUUCAGGCCAGGGUCAUUUUGGUUUACUGAGCUGGCACCUUUCAUGGAAUCUUUGCAAAAUUCAAGUUAACGUGAUUUUUCAAAUCAAUAUGAGUCUAGAACAUCGAAAAUUUCUGUUACAUUUCAUUGUUACAAAUUUAUGAUUUACAAUCACAAUUGAUUUCAUCUGCAAUCGCACUUCAAUGAUUGGAAACCCAAAUAACACUUAGGUAACAUACACAGGCUGCAUAUUUCAGACUACCUGAAAAAGUUAACAGUGAUAUCGUGAAUUUAAAUUUAGUUUUGAUUAUUCCAAACCAUUAAAGGCUUUUAUUUCCAUUAGCAUUUUUUAAUUUUUACCUGUAUUUUCAGUAAUACUUACCAAUUACAUGAAAUGAACACUAUUCAGUUAAA